AUGACCACCGAAGCUCCGCCCCAAAUCCCUACGCCGGAUCUUAGUAUUACCAACGGUGGAAACUACGUCGAUCUUGAUCCCACGCAAGACAUUCCCACGCAGAGCGCUCCCGAGCCGACUUCUGCGCCCGCCGCCGAGUCCACUCCGCAGACGAACGGCACGUACAAGACCGCGAUUGUCAACUCUGCGCAAUCCGCCAUGGACACGGUUCAGAACUCUUCGCUUGCCCAGCAAGCCAUCAACGGCCCCGUUGGCGAGAGCGUCAAGUCUGAGACUGCAAAGACGCAGUCUGAGUUCCGCGACCUCGCUGACGCCCGUCGCGUGCCGAACCAGCCUGCCGCUACCGGCCAGCCCUUGACCCACUACCACUCCAUGUUCUACAGGCUUCUUAGCUGGAGGAACCCCCGCGCAACCAGCAUCUCGUUUGCCUGCUCUGUCCUCUUCAUUUUCGCCGCGCGCUAUGUAAACAUCGUCCGCUACAUCUUCAAGCUCCUCUGGGUUACUCUCGGCUGCACUGCGUUCGCUGAGGUCGCUGGACAGGCCGCUCUGGGCCAUGGACUUGCUACACAGAUGCGCCCACGCAAGUAUUACAUGAUCCGCAAGGACUCCUUGGAGCGCCUUACGGACGAUCUGGAGCAGCUCAUCAACUUCUUCGUCAUUGAGUUCCAGCGCGUGGUGUUCGUUGAGAACCUCUACGUCAGCGGGGCGUGCUUUGUUGCCUCGUUCAUCUCCUACUGGCUCAUCAAGUGGCUCCCUCUCUGGGGUCUCAGCCUGAUUGCCACGAUCCUCCUCUACAUGGGCCCUCUCGUGUACAUUCAGAACAAGGAGUACAUCGACGAGCAGCUCCGCCUUACCAACAAGAUGCUGAACGAGCAGACCCACCAGUUCAAGGAACUCGCUGCUCAGCACAGCACCCGUGCGCAGAAGCAGCUGAAGGUCUACGCGGAUGAGUACAGCCACAAGGCGCAGGAGAUGAUUGGACAAGCCAAGAACAAGGCUUUCCCUACCAGGAGCCGGCCGACGACUCCGGCUGCUCCUGCAGCUGCUCCCGCUGCGGCCGCUCCUGAGAUGACGCAGGAGAAGGCUCCGCUUCAGGAGGCUGACUUCCCUGAGGCUCCCAAGGAAGCCCUCGCGGCCGAUGUUCCUGAGGUUCCCCAUGUUCAGGAGCCCGCUGAGGAUUUGAUUGAUACCAAGGUUCCCGAGCCGGCUAUCUAA